AUGCGUAGUUUCCGGUUUGGGACAAAAUUGGUGCGCAGCUAUGGAAUAGGAAAAGGACAAAAUGAGUUACAUGAAGAUAGCAUAGUUUCAGACCUAGACGUACCAACUGAUUACGAGCUUCACGCCAUGGAAACCCAACUCCAGAUUGAGGAAAUGAGAGAUGAACUGCGACAACAUCUUGGCGAGUUUAGGGAGGAAAUACGCUACUUGAAAAGGAUAGUGGCCGUGAUGGGUGCAGUUGGAGUUGCAGUGAUGUCGUUAAUCGGGGUUCAUGUUUGUGUCGAAUGCGCUGGGUGGGGAUUUUGGGGGGGUCUAGUUUAG